AUGUACUGCACUCAUCCUGUCUCUGGAACAGGCAACAACUCAUUGAUGUAUUGCUACAACAUGAAACCAGUUUAUGGGCAGUCUCCCAGUAAUGACGACAUCAACCAGAACUCAUCCUCACACCCAUCCAACAAGCCCCCCAGUAAUGUGUUUGCAAGCACGUUCUUUGAGGGGACGAGCAAUUCACCCGACAUCUGGAAUGCUGUAAAUGGGCUGAACCAGCAGGGCUAUGAAGGUGCACUGGGAGCAGCCACAACCCACCAGACGCAGCCGGGGAGCUACGGCAGCCUGCAGCCACCACACGGUCACCUGGACUACUCCCCACACUCAGUGAUGCCUGCAGAUAUGAACCGGGGUCUCCCACCAAUGUCCACUUUUCACCGCAACACAGCGUCACACAACCACUCAAUCAACACGUCAGACAACUCCACAGUCUCAGGGAGCCAGAGAAAUGUGUCAGGAGGGUCACAGACAGGUGAUACGCUGGGAAAAGCUCUGGCCUCUAUUUAUUCACCCGAUCACACCAGCAGCAGCUUCCCCUCCAGCUCGUCCACACCGGUGAGGUCUCCAUCCCCACUGCCGAACGCUGCUGAGCCCACAGGUCCUAACAUGUGGCCCCGGGGUUCAGUACAGGCACCAGUCUCACCACAUUAUGAGUCUUCACUCAUAUCACUGUCUCAGGUGGAGGACCGUCUGGACAGAUUGGACGAUGUGAUCCACGUCUUAAGGAACCACGCUGUCGGCCCCACAGCCUGCGUGCCCUCUGAUAUCCACAACCUGCUGAGCCAGACCCAUCACGGCCACCCGGGAUCUGCCAGCACUCUACCGCUCACCUGCCACACUCCAGCCAUGGUUGAAGCUGUCACUAUGAACAACAACCAUGCAGCCUUCCAGAGCCGCACACAAAAUGGCCACCCGUACCAAGUAAGACCGAGGCCCACACUUCAUCAAAUGCAGGCAGGAGGAGUCCAGGCUAAUCUGGAGCUGAAGAUGGAGAGUGGAGAGAGAGAUGAGAUGAUGCACACCAAUCACAGCCACAGCUCUGACAGUCAGAGAUCAGAUGAUGAGAGCGAAAACAAAACACAGGGAGAAAACAGCUCCAGGAACAGUAUCCAUGAGGAUGAAGACCUGAGCCCGGAGCAGAAGGCCGAACGUGAGCGUGAUAGGAGGAUGGCCAACAAUGCUAGAGAACGUCUGCGCGUGAGGGACAUCAACGAGGCGUUCAAGGAGCUGGGUCACAUGUGCCAGCUGCACCUGAAGAGCGAGAAGCCACAGACCAAGCUGCUGGUGCUGCACCAGGCCGUGGCGGUGAUCCUCAGCCUGGAACAACAAGUCAGAGAGAGGAACCUGAACCCAAAGGCAGCGUGUCUGCGGAGGAGAGAGGAAGAGAAGGCGUCUGCUGUCAUGACAGAUCCGCAGUCCAUGCAUCUCGCUUUUCAUCCCGGUCUGACAGACCCAGCGAACCCCAUGGGCCAUCUCUGA